AUGCGCGCUACUCGGGCCUCCCUUGUGGUGGCAAUGCUGAUCUUGGCGUUGGUUGCGACUGCUUCGGCCUCGGCCGCGCCGCGCAAGCUGCUCCAGUACGGCGGCUACAACACAUAUGGCGGCCGCAACGGUUACGGCAGCGGAUACAACGGCUACGGCAGCGGAUACAACGGCUACAACGGCUAUGGCGGGAACGGCGGCUUUGGCACCUCCGUGUUCACGCCCUUCACCCAGGUGUACUCAAGGCCGGGCGCGACCGCCGUCCAGGUUCCGGGCAUUGUGAACGUGGCGUCGAACAGCCGCGGCGGCGGCGUCUGGACUCCCUGGACGGGCGUGAUCAGCUGGGGGGGCAGGAAGUGA